AUGGGGUUGCAUACACUUUUCUCUCAUCAAUUAUUUUAUUCCUAAAAAAUGGUGCUCUCUGGUAAGCUUAUUACUGAACUUGGUAUCAAAACACCCGCUGAAAAGUUCUAUAAACUAUUCGCGGCAGAACUUCACGAAGCGCAAGUCAUUUGUGAAAGAGUUCAUCAUACCAAACUGCAUGAAGGUGAAGACUGGCAUGACACUGCUACAGUUAAACACUGGACUUAUGUCAUAGAUGGUGAGGUACACACAUGCUACGAUACUCUUGAAGAAGUUGAUGAACAGAACAAAAAAAACACUUGGAAGCUAUUUGGUGGAGAUAUUGAUAAGCACUAUAAGUCCUUUAAGCUCACCCUUCAAGUAAUUGAUAAGGCUGAAGAUGGCACUGCUGUUGCUAAAUGGACCGUUGAAUUUGAGAAAAUCAACGAGGAUAUUCAUCCUCCAAAUGGAUGGAUGGACUACAUUAGCCAAUGCACUAGAGAUGUUGAUGCGCAUCUUUCCAAGGCAAGGGCCGCUCGAAAAGAUUAAAAAGAAAGUAACAAAUAAGAUGGCAUGGUUUAUGGAUGGAGUUGGCUUAUCUGAUCAUCUUAUAAUUAAUUAGUGUGAUGCUUGUAAUAUUUGCUUUCUGUUUUCGUUUCUCUGUGUGAUCGGUUCAAGAGUGUGACUUAAAUCAUGUGAUGCAAAUCAAUAAAUGGAUAUUUCAUUA